GGAAAUUGUAUAUAAGUGGCUGCUGCAGCCUUAAAGGGUUGCUCAAUGGGAAGAAGGUGUUAGGUUGGGGGUGGCUGAUGAGUGGGAGAGUUUUGUAUAUUUUUUUAUAAGUUUAUACUUGUUUGGGGUUUUUUUCUUUUUAUUUUCUCUUUAAAGUGACUUUUUCACUGUUACUAAAAAAGCUGUUUUAUGUGCAAACACUGUAACUGUACUUCUGUGAAGUUUUAGCAGUAAACCAGAGAAGUGUAAAGAUCUGUUGUGGGGUUAAACACUCACAAUGGUUGCAACUAGCAGUUUAAGCAGUAAAAACUCUACAUGCAUUUCAGAAUUGAUACACCAAGGUUUUCACCAUUCAAACAUAACUGACUUUGACUACUGGGAUUAUGUUGUGCCUGAACCCAAUCUUAAUGAGGUGGUGUUUGAGGAGAGAACUUGUCAAACUUUAGUUAAAAUGCUGGAGAACUGUCUGUCCAGUUCAAAGCAAACAAAACUUCACUGCUCAAAAGUUCUGGUCCCAGAGAAACUAACCAAGAGAAUAGCUCAAGAUGUACUGCGGCUUUCUUCUACUGAGCCCUGUGGUCUGAGAGGGUGCGUUAUCUAUGUCAACUUAGAAAUUGGAAACCUGUGUAAAAAGCUGGAUCAGAUUGUCUAUGACCCAAGUAUUGUUCCUACUUUUGAACUGACACUUGUGUUCAAGCAGGACUUCGGCUCAUGGCCUAGUUUCAGGGACUUCUUUACUCGGGCCUGCUUUGCAUCUGGCUGCAGGCGUACACUGAUUCUGAGUCCUGGAUUUCGGCUUAUUAAGAAAAAAUUGUACUCGUUGAUUGGGACAGUAAUUGAAGAGUGCUAGUAAUACCUUCCAAGGCUUAAAGGGAGCCUGCAGCCAUUACCCAGAGCUUUCCAAGAGCUGUAGCUUGCUUUACAUACUCUAAUUUGUGUGUGCAUCUAGCAACCAGUGUGCACGGUCUAUGCUGGGCAAAUGUAAGCCUCUUUUAGAUUGACCUAAAAUAUUCCUCAUUCAGUUAACUGUCUGCCUUCCUAGGUUAUUCUACUGUCUGCUGCAGAAAAGGGUGGAACUGGAGGGAGCAAAAUGAUCUACUUGAAACUUUCAGGAGUUAGUAUCUAGUUCUGUGAGUCCUGAGGCUAGCCUAGUAUUUAUGUAGAAGCUUUAAACCCCAGAAAUAACCAUAAAUCUAUAUGCUAGUAUAAUUACGAAAGGAUUUGCCAAAAAGCACCCCAAAACAAACAUGAAAAACCAGAACCCUAUAACCUCUAGAGAGCUUGGUUUUUAAUCUGUUUUGGAUAAUCAAAAAUGACUCUAAUGACAGCUUAGUGCAUGACAUUCCCUUGCUCAAACAAGAGAUGGCUCUUGUCUCUCCAGUGAUAAAUCUGGUGUGAAAGUAAAUAUUUCACAAUUUUAUUAGGGACUAUGAAACAAACACAGUUUUCUUGGUCUGAAGACUUGCACUGCAAUCUCAGCAACAUCAUGCACUUUUUACGCUUCUAAAGUGUUGUAAAAAGCAAAUUCAUGGUGGGGGGAGGAGGGGAAAGGACUGUUUAAUUGCUAGUUUAAACCUGAGGGGGGUGGGACUUUGGCUUUUCAUGCAAUACAGGCAGUGAAGAGAUCUAAAUGCAAGAUUUACCUCUGAAGCAGCAAUGGUAAAUCAUUGUCUUUUUUUACACCCUUGCCUACCUCCUCCAAUAUCGAACAUGGGUUGCUUUUAGCAGUCAGGGGUUUCCCCUCUCUCAGUGGGCAGAAAGCUAGAACUUCUGUCACAUCUCUUCUGUCUAGGUGGAACCGAGGAACAACUCAGUUUGGUUCCCCCUCUUCAUGGUUUGCUGGUUCCUUUUCCAAAUACGGCUGACUUGUCUAUUCUGGCUUGUCAGUUCAAGUUCUGCGUGGGGGAUGCUCUUUUGUGCCUCCAUCCUAAACACCAAGUCGGUGGCCUUUUUCUCUUCCUGAAAUGUUCAGGCAGUAGAUUCUCUUUCCAGGAACUGACCUCUUCACUCUCCAAAGAUGGUAUAGCUAGUGUUGAAGCUCUGCUUUGCCUCUCCAUCCUUGUUCACAAAUAUGCCUCUUCCCUGUGAAACCUGUACUUCAAUUUUACACCCCUUUUGCUGAAAACCAGCUGGCUCACAC